CUUUUUUUUUUUUUUUUUAGGUUAAUAAUGCUUGUAAGCCAGAGGUGAAAGUGGCUCAGCAGAGCAACGCUGGGAAGUCUGGCAGACUGGAAGAGAACGGCUGCCCUGCAGGGCAGCUGCCGAGCGUGAAGCAUGGAGGAGAGUAAGAACGAGAAGGUGAACCAGGCUCACGUUCUCUUCGACAGAUUUGUCCAGGCUUCAACGUGCAAGGGGACUCUCAAGGCUUUCCAGGAGCUCUGUGACUACCUAGAACUAAAGCCCAAGGACUACCGUUCUUUCUAUCACAAACUCAAGUCCAAGCUAAAUUAUUGGAAAGCCAAAGCCUUGUGGGCCAAAUUGGAUAAAAGGGGCAGCCAUAAGGACUAUAAGAAGGGGAAAGCAUGCGCCAACACGAAGUGUCUGAUAAUUGGGGCUGGACCCUGUGGCCUUCGUACAGCCAUCGACCUGUCAUUCCUGGGAGCCAAGGUGGUGGUCAUAGAAAAGAGGGAUGCCUUUUCCCGCAAUAAUGUUCUACAUUUGUGGCCAUUCACCAUACAUGACCUGAGGGGUCUUGGCGCCAAGAAGUUUUAUGGCAAAUUCUGUGCAGGAUCCAUAGACCAUAUCAGUAUCCGUCAACUCCAGCUUAUCCUUUUGAAGGUUGCCUUGAUCUUAGGAAUAGAAAUCCAUGUCAACGUGGAAUUUCAAGGGCUUGUUUACCCUCCGGAGGAUCAGGAAAAUGAAAGAAUAGGUUGGCGUGCAUUGGUCCAUCCAAAAACCCAUCCAGUAUCAGAGUAUGAAUUUGAAGUGAUCAUUGGAGGGGAUGGCAGAAGGAACACUUUAGAAGGGUUUCGCCGAAAAGAGUUCCGUGGUAAACUAGCAAUUGCUAUCACAGCAAACUUCAUCAAUCGUAACACCACAGCUGAAGCCAAAGUAGAAGAGAUCAGUGGUGUGGCUUUCAUAUUCAACCAGAAGUUCUUCCAGGAUCUACGAGAAGCCACCGGUAUUGAUUUAGAGAACAUCGUCUACUAUAAGGAUGAUACACACUACUUUGUCAUGACUGCCAAAAAACAGAGCUUGCUGGAUAAAGGCGUAAUACGACAUGAUUAUGCUGAUACGGAAUUAUUACUCUCACGGGAGAACGUGGACCAGGAAGCUUUGCUAAACUAUGCCAGAGAAGCAGCUGACUUUUCCACUAAUCAGCAGCUGCCAUCACUGGACUUCGCCAUCAACCACUACGGGCAGCCAGAUGUGGCAAUGUUUGACUUCACGUGCAUGUAUGCUUCAGAGAAUGCAGCACUGGUGCGGGAGCAGAACGGCCACCAGUUACUUGUGGCACUGGUUGGGGACAGUCUCUUGGAGCCAUUUUGGCCAAUGGGAACUGGAAUAGCGAGAGGAUUUUUAGCUGCAAUGGACUCUGCUUGGAUGGUACGAAGUUGGUCACUUGGAGCAAGUCCUUUGGAAGUUCUUGCAGAGAGGGAAAGCAUUUAUAGACUACUGCCUCAGACCACCCCUGAGAAUGUGAGUAAAAACUUCAGCCAUUAUAGCAUUGAUCCAGCCACUCGGUAUCCCAAUAUCAACGUCAACUUCUUGCGGCCACAGCAGGUACGCCACUUGUAUAAUACAGGAGAUUUGAAAGACAUACACCUAGAAAUAGAGAAUUUUGUGAACUCCAGGACACCAAAGCUGACUCGGAAUGAGUCUGUAGCUCGCUCUAGUAAAUUGCUCAGUUGGUGCCAGAGGCAGACAGAUGGGUAUGCUGGUGUAAAUGUGACAGAUCUCACGAUGUCAUGGAAAAGUGGCUUAGCUUUGUGUGCCAUUAUCCACAGAUACCGUCCAGACUUAAUAGACUUUGAUUCUUUGGAUGAACACAAUGUGGAGAAGAAUAACCAGCUGGCCUUUGACAUUGCUGAAAAAGAGUUUGGAAUAUCUCCCAUUAUGACUGGAAAGGAAAUGGCAUCUGUCGGGGAACCAGAUAAACUUUCAAUGGUGAUGUACCUCACGCAGUUCUAUGAGAUGUUCAAAGACACCAUCCCUUCUAGUGAUAGUGUGGAUCUGAAUGCAGAAGAAAAGGCCGCCCUAAUUGCCAGUACCAAAUCUCCAAUCUCUUUUCUCAGUAAACUGGGACAAAGUAUAUCUCGGAAACGCACUCCAAAGGACAAAAAAGAAAAGGAAUUGGAUGGUGCAGGAAAGAGGAGGAAAACCAGCCAAUCUGAGGAUGAGGACAUUCCUCGAAGCUACAGAGAAGAAAGACCUACAUUGGUGAGCGCCCUGACAGAGAGGAGAAUUGAUGCUGCCAUUGGGAAUCAGAACAAAGUCAAGUCCAUGGCAACCCAGCUACUGGCCAAGUUUGAGGAGAAUGCACCAGUACAAUCCUCAACAUUACGAAGACAGCAACCUGUCCUGCCUUAUCAAGAACGUGUUCACAAUCAACCAUCCAGCAGACGAGAGCAGGGCCGUCUAGCUCCUAUACCCCAGUGGAAACAGAUGAGGAGUAAGGAACGUUCUCGGACCUGCCCCAAAAAAGUGAUCAUGCUCUCUUCUUCCACUCCACCUUCCUCUCCACCGUAUCCCAGGCUGCAGAGAUACAGGGAUCCUGGUGCUGGAUAUCCUGGGGAGCAGAGUCCCAGACAGGAAAGGAGAUCUCCUCGUUUAUUUUCUGAUGACCAAGUGCCUGAGAAUGUUGAACAAAGGGCAUGUCAGCUGGCUGCCCUCCUGGAGCCCAGGCCUGCAGCGAGGCAUCAGCCUGAGACUGAACCGUCUCGCCGAUUCUUUGUUGACCAGUGGGAGCUCUCCCUUAGCCUCCGUUCUUCUAAUCGCCCUUCUUCACCUUCAUCUGACUCUCUUCGACAGAAGUAUAUAAAGAUGUACACAGGCGGAGUGAGCUCAUUGGCUGAGCAGAUAGCCAAUCAGCUUCAAAGGAAAGAGCAACCCAAAACCCUUCUAGACAAGAAGGAACUGGGUUCGCUCAAAAAGGAGUUUCCCCAGAACCUGGGAGGCAGUGAUGUCUGUUACUUCUGCCGCAAGCGAGUCUAUGUGAUGGAAAGGCUGAGUGCUGAAGGCAAAUUCUUCCACCGCAGUUGCUUCAAGUGUGAAUACUGUGCCACCACUCUGCGGUUGUCAUCUUACGCCUAUGAUAUUGAAGAUGGUAAAUUCUACUGUAAGCCCCACUACUGUUACCGACUCUCCGGUUAUGCUCAAAGGAAGAGGCCAGCAGUGUCAGGAAAGGACACCAAAGGACCUCUGCAGGACACCAUGGCAAGUGAUGGAAGUGGACGGGCAAAUUCCAUCUCCUCCUCAGCAGAGAGGGCCCCAGGUCCUAAUGUAAAUGGGCUGGAAGAGCCCAGCCUUGCUAAGCGGUUGCGUGGCACACCUGAGCGAAUUGAGCUGGAAAAUUACCGACUGUCACUGCAACGGGAAGAGGAACUGGAAGAGGUUCCUGAGGAGACACUAGCAGAACAUAACCUGAGCAGUGUGUUGGACAAAGGAGCAGAGGAGGAUGUGCCCAGCAGCAGUUCAGAGUCUGAGAUGGAGGAGGAAGAUGAAGACGAGGAUGAUGAACUGCUGCCUCAGCAACCCCCUUCAGACUUGGGAGGUGUGCCAUGGAAAGAGGCUGUGCGCAUCCAUGCCCUAUUGAAGGGGAAGAGUGAAGAAGAGAUUGAGGCCGAGGAAAAUCAUGAGUAUGAUGACAGAGAAGAAGACGAGGAGGAGGAGGAGGACGAUGAGGAAUAUGAAGAGGAGUCUAGCGAAGAGGGAGAGUAUUGCCCUUGGGAGAAAGAGCUGCAGCAAGGCCUCUGGCUUCAACGUCUCUCAAAUGAAGAGGACACGGGUACAUUUAAAGCUGGAAACCUUAGGCUGCAGCAGAUUGUAAAUCCGGUUGAUCCUCUGGAGAUUCUGGCAGAUGUGCACUGGACACACAUCCGUGAAAAAGAGGAGGAGGAAAAAAUGGUCCCAGCCUCAAAGUCCUCCACCUCCAGAGCGUCCGACCUUCCCUCCGUACGCCAUGAGGCGGUACAGGCGUGGCUGGAGACGGUCCCUGGAGCUUCGUGUGAAGAUAAUGGUGUGGAGGAUGAGCUGGGCACAGAGCCUGCGGACACUGAAGGGCAGGCGGGUGAAGAGGGAGACACGGGUGCAGAGCUGGAUGACGAUGACAUCCCAUCUGAUGCAGAAGCCGAGUUUCGCUUACAUCGAGGUAGCGCAGAAGAGCCAGGACUAAAAGUUUCUGAAGAUGAAGAAGGAGCAGAAGAUGCUUCUUGCAGCGUGACAGAAGAUCCAUGCAAGCCAUCCGCUCCUAACCAGUCAACUGAUGACAUUGUUCUUCCUCUGUCUCCAGCUGAUAGUCUCAAAGCAGAUCAAGCAGAGGAUGUAAAAGAUCCCCUGGCUGCAAUAAAAUCUCCAGAGGCACGCUUUUUCCCUGAGCUUUUCCUUCUCGAGGAAGGACCAAAGGAUGAAAUUCCCAAAGACAGAAAAGCUAAAAGCCCUUCUGUGCCACUUUCUCCGGUGUUAUCUCAGCCGGUUGCAUCACCAGAAACUACUGCACCUACAUCUCCAGCAGAAUCUCAGCCAGCAGCACCAAAAUUGGCUUCAUCUCCAACAUCUUCUCAAAAGCCUAUUUGUUCACAGCCUUUGCCUUCUGCCGAGACAUCCAUUCCAUCCCCAGUGGAGCCUCCAGUUUGUUUCCAGCCUGGCCCAGCCUUAACUUCUACACCUCUAGCUAAACUGGUCCUCGGGAACCAGGAUAGCGAGGUGGAGAAACUGGGGAGCCCUACCACUGCAGAAGAAGCUCUGAAACGUAGUAACCUUGUAGAAGAGUUCUGGAUGAAGAGUGCUGAAAUCCGGAGGAGCUUAGGACUCACCCCAGUAGACAGAAACAAACGUUCAGAAUCAAGCUUUCCUGUAUCUGCCCUUGAGACAACUCCUCUGAAGACUUUUAAUAGUGAGAGUGUCACAGGGGAUGAAAGGAUGCAUCUUGUGAAGCCACAGCCUGCUCCAAGAAGGCAAGGACUGUCCAAGUUAGAAAAUGAACAAAUUUCUCUGCUCACUCCAAAAUCUCCAUCAGAAAAAGAACUGAGGAGUUCCCAUGAAGUUAAGAGAGAUGUAUCCAGCAGUUCGGGACUUGGCCUUCAGGAAAGCUCAUCUAACAUGAGAACUUUGGCUAGCCAGAGCUUCAACACUUCUGACUCUACUAUGCUUACUCCUCCAUCAAGUCCCCCCCCACCACCUCCUCAAGAUGAAGAACCAGCUACUUUGCGUAGAAAAAGGUAUCAAGCACUUUGGCAGAAUGAAGUUGAAUCCAAGUCACCUCCAACACCAGCAUCAACACCUCCCGUUCCUCCACGCCAUGAGCCAACCUCUGCUGUCAAAGAACCAACGCAGGCCAAAAAAGAUGAUGUGCGAAAGUCUUUUGCAGAGAGUGUGGAUGAGAUUCCAUUUGCUGAUGAUGUGGAGGACACAUAUGAUGACAGGACAGAGGACUCAAGCCUUCAUGAGAAGUUCUUUACACCUCCUACCAGUAGGCCACGGCCAGAGAAACCACUUGUUUUGCCCUUGGUCAAGGAAAAUGGUGGCCCACCCCCUAUGGAGGGAGGGAUUAACCAAAAGAAGAGAGUUUUGCCUGAAAUUUCUGCAGAGGCCAAGGAGCUUGCUGAAGAAAGGAUGAGAGCCAGAGAAAAGUCUGUCAAGAGCCAAGCACUACGUGAUGCCAUGGCUAAACAGUUAUGUAAGAUGAAAGAUAUGGAGAUGGCUGCAGCUGCAGCUGCUGGAGCCACAAGGGCACGAAAGGCAUCUUCUAUGCCUUUGAAGACCAAAGAGUUGUUUCAUGACUCUCCAAAGCACUUGGCAUUGAAAAUAGCAGAGGGGUCCACACUAAAGCAUGAUGCUGCUAGUGAGAAGUUCUCCACUCCUGCUGCUGAUGUGGCUGGACCUGAAGGAUCUGUCACCUCUUCAGAAGGCUCCAGUGGGAAGAGUAAGAAAAGAACUUCUCUUUUCUCCCCUCGUAAGAACAAAAAGGAGAAGAAAUCCAAAAAUGACAGCAGGCUUUCUGACAAAUCUAGUGGUGGGACAGAGGAAGCAACGAAGUCCAGGUCAUUAUGGAAGUCUGUUUUUUCUGGGUAUAAGAAAGACAAGAAGAAGAAAGCUGAUGACAAAUCCUGCCCAAGUACUCCCUCAAGUAGUGCUACUGUGGACUCUGGCAAGCACAAAGCAUCUCCGUUGAUUACAGCUGCAGAUUUGCAGCUCCGUCGACACCUGAGUUUUUCAGAGGACUCUGACCUCUCCAGUGAUGAUGUUCUGGAACGCUCCUCCCAGAAAUCCAAGCGAGAGUCGAUUUAUGUACCACACGCCUUGGCAUUCAAGAGAUCAUAUUCGUCAAAGAGAGCCUACACAGAAGAGGAACUGAAUGCUAAGCUGACCCGACGAGUACAGAAAGCUGCCCGCAGACAAGCCAAGCAAGAAGAGCUCAAGAGGUUACAUAGAGCUCAGAUCAUCCAGCGGCAGCUUGAACAAGUGGAAGAGAAGCAGAGACAGCUAGAGGAGAGAGGGGUUGCUGUGGAGAAGGCCCUUCGAGGAGAAGCAGGCAUGGGAAAGAAGGAUGAUCCCAAGCUGAUGCAAGAAUGGUUCAAGCUGGUGCAGGAGAAGAAUGCCUUGGUUCGCUAUGAGUCCGAACUGAUGAUCUUCGCUCGGGAGCUAGAACUGGAAGACAGGCAGAGUCGAUUACAACAGGAACUCCGGGAGAGGAUGGCGGUGGAAGAUCAUCUGAAGACAGACGAGGAGCUCUCAGAGGAGAAGAGGAUCCUGAAUGAGAUGCUAGAAGUAGUAGAGCAGAGAGAUUCUCUCGUGGCUCUCCUUGAGGAGCAACGGCUUCGAGAAAAAGAGGAAGACAAGGACCUGGAGGCAGUCAUGCUCUCCAAAGGAUUUAGCUUGAACUGGUCCUGAGCUCGAUACAUUUACCUCUGCUGGUUUGUGUUCUCCAGUUGGCUUACCCUGAGUUCGCCAGAAUUACAUGGAUAGGAAGAUGUUGAAGGGGAAAUCUCCGAAGGGUCCGACAGCAUGCAGUGAUUCGGUUUGAAGCACUCAGAAGCCUUUUGAUAAGUGUGUUGGUUCCAGAAGCUUAAGUUUUACAUGUCUGCAAGCCAUGUUGAAGAUAAUGAGUUGAGUCUGUGGAGUCUCCUUGAAGUUCAGUACAAUUGACUGUAUUUUAUUUUUUGUUUGGUAGCAGGGAGAGGAAUAAUCCAUGUGUGGGGAAGGAGGUUAAGGGAAGAAGCACCUUAACUAACCUGGAUUUAUGGCGGUCCAUUCCUUUCCCAUUUUUACUACAACAGUCCUAAUAAAAGGGAGGGAAGUAACAACCCUCUCUGGAAAACCACAGCAGCCUGUAGCAACCUGUUUGGUGGAGUCAGCUAUUCAGGAGAGCUCCAGAAGCCCAGGGCAGCACCUUCUUUGCUUUAGUCUUCCUCCCCACCAAAGAAACUUACAGUUGGUUAUUAUGCAUGGAUAUGAAGAAAUAUGAAACAGAGAAGAUACUACUAGUUAUGCGUGAUGGAACUCUCUGCCUCACGGUUUAUAAAGAGAUUUGGGCAUCAGAAGACUUACUCCCUAUCACAGUCUCCUAAGUCUUUGUUGUUGGGGAAAAAGGGGAGAAGAAGAGACGGAAGAUGCCCUUCUGCUUUGCUACACACUGGAGAGACAGCUGCUGCUGGCCUUUAUCUUCUUGGCCACAGCUCAGAGGCUGAUGGGCUUCUUCGUUCUGUUUUUAUUGCGACUGUUUUGACACUGGAAAAACUGACUGUGGGACAGUGUUGAGUGUGCGCUGGGGCAGGGGUGUUACCAAGCAGCAUUCCCUGGCUGUUCAGCUCCUAAAAGGGAGAAGCCCUUAAGUGACUGAAACCACCAUUAAGACUUUUCAGUGUUUUUAUUUUUUCCUCUAUAUUUUGUUUUUGCACAUUGGAAACGAAGCUUAAGACCUGCCUGGGCCCUCAGUCACUUUGACCCUUUUAUGUCGAUUAACUUAUUUUUUUAAUACUUGAAAGAAAAUUCAUUUUUGUAUCUUUUAGGAAAAAAAAAAAAAAAUGGAUGAGUGAUAGGUGUGUGUGCCUGCUGCAUCCUACAACUUCCACUUCUAAAUUACUGGACGUUGUUACCUGUGGCUAUUUAUUAGUGUUCUUAUAAUAAUUUUAAUGUUACACAUAUUCAAGGGGGGAUGGGGGAGUGUUUUAACUCUAUCAGAGGAAGACACUACUGCGGAUUAGUCCCUCUUACAGAGCAAGGGCAGUCUUUAUGGACCCCACGGACGCAUCCUGCCCUAGCAAGAUUUCCUUUAUGAUAAAAUCCUGCACACUUGUGGAGUUGUAAGAAUCUAUUUUGUGUUCCUACCAUACUUUUCUUCUGCAUCCCAAAAAUCCCUCUGUUGGACUAAUAAACCUAUAAUUUAUUUAAAUUUAAAUUUUUUAUAAUGAGAAAGCCAAAAAUGUAAGGCAGAAAUAUCCCAUAUGUCCCUUUCUCACUGAAAGAGGGGACCUUCACACUCCUGAGAUAGAGGGACAACAAAACAAAAAUAGCACAUUUCCUGCUGCUUCCUGUUGGAAGAAGCUCCUUUUGGCUCAGCUGGUGAAGCUGCUGCUUUUAAGCUAGGAGGGUACUCACUAUAAUUGUAUGUUAAGUAAUGCGCAGGUCAUGCACUUAGCAAUUCAGCACCAUCCACUGUUUUACAGAUUCAGGAGCAUGCUGCAUCCUUAACUUGUUGCACAGAGCUGAAAUGGCACUGUGUGUUGGGUCUGUGUCCCAUCCUUAACGUAAUGUGUUAAGAAGUUGUUUUUAAUUCACUUUUGUUUUUCCCCUUGAGUUACUGCCUAUUUUCUUUUCAUGUGAAGGAAGUACUAAGCCUGCUCUCCAGUGUCUUUGGAAAGGUGUUCCUUUCCCAAGCAUAUUUAUACAGCAUGAUGGCUCUUUCAGCUUGAACGCACGCUGUUGGUGCAAGAUGCCCAAGCAGGGCUGAACAUCCUUUAAUUCUUUGUUCUAGGAUAAAUGGUUUCAUGCUGUUGACUCUCUGCCUCCUUCAAAGAGGCCAGCAAUCUAUAACGUGAGGUCACCUCUGAUGGAUGAACAUAUCUCAUGCUGAGGAAGAAUGGGUAGGAUGGUCUCCAAGGUCUGUGAGCAGGGCUGAUUGCUAACUACAGAAACUUGUUUUUUAUACUUCAGGAGUUUCCUCUUUUCCCCUCCUUACCAUUGUCAUUUAAGGCAUUACAAAUUAAACACAUGCUGUGAAACAAAGCAGGUAGGCAGCUUCAGUGCUACUUAGUAACUAUGCAUGUUAGAAAGUCAUACCCCUAUGCCACGCUCACUGGUCAAAAUUCUUGAGGAGUGUUGGCCUACUAACAGGAUUCAGUUAGCAGAUACUCCCUAUUUGCCAGUGCAGAGGCCAGCUGUAGGACUCAAACUGGUAAUGGUAGUAGGUUACAUAGUCUGCAUGAGGGGCCAGUGGAACCUGCAGAGGAGAAAAGAAAGAGACAACCUCAGUAGUUUACAGUAAACUGUCCUGCACACAGAGAGAAUAGGCCUCAGUCCCUUUUGUAGUGUAUAUGGACCAUAUUUAAUUUUUAACAAAAGAUCGCUGAAUGUGAGCUGUAUAAAGAAGACAUACCAGGUUAGUACCUAUCCCUUCUCAUGCUGGGGGACAUGGGCCAGAUUUUUUCACUGCCUGAGUCAUAUCACUUGAGGGUGUAAUGCCCUGCUGCAGGGGAGAAAUGCAUAUCCUAAUCCUAAAACUCUCUGAGUUGUGCUGAAGUCCUCCAGCACUUAGAAUGAAAGUGGAGACCUAACAUCGCACACACAAAUUAAUUGAAAGUACAUGAAAGGAAAUCUUAAAAGGCCUUUUUAUAUCAAAUGGUUUUAAAAGGCACAACUUGUAUUUGCUGUUCAGUUGCACUUUAAGAAUAUAACUUACAUACCAGAUACUGGGUUUUUUUACUGUCUGAAUAUUUUUAAUUCAAACUUUGUAUUUUUAAAGCUAAAGAAGGCUCUUGUGACCACAAGAUCCCUUAUUUGUAUGAGAAUCCAAGUAGGAUGUUCUAGCUCCUAGUGCUAUCCAGGUGCGAAGCAGCACUUGUCUCAGCCAUGUGUAUUCAAUGACGUGUGUCCGUCAUGCACAUGAAGGAAGUGCAAGGCCCUCAGCUUCUGAGAAUUAGGCAUGCAAAGGUAUCUGCCUGUAUGCCCCUAUGUGACAUUCCCCAUACCAGGGGCUGGCUCCUUCCUCCGUGUCGUGGGAGGAGCACAGAGCUCAGAACCUAACCCACCUUUGUUUCCAAAUGGGCACACUGAGGAUGUGGCAAGCACUUCAGUCCCCUAAGGGGAAAGGAGGAGGUGAUAUCACCUCCUGGAAACACCCAGGAAGCAAGUAGGGAUGGGGGAGUGAAGACUGCCAAAACACCCAAUCUGCUGUUUUCACAGUACAAAUACAUUAUUUUUUUUUUUCAACUGUUCUGUUCCUUUUACCGUCUUUUCAUUUAAGCUCACAAAUGGCUGUAAAAUCCUGAGCUUCAGAGAACUAUGCAUGGGGAGAUGACAAGAGCAUCUUUCAGCUCCAACUUCCAGACAUGCUCCUUUUUUUUCUUUCAGCUAACCAAAACCCCAUGGUCUCGCUAGGGCAUGAUACAAACUGCGUCGCUGAACAUAUUUUCAAGCAAACUACAAGUUUUAAAAGUCUGUGCUAUUCUCUGUCUCUGCAUUUUAUGUAAAUAUUUGUUUGUAUGUAAAGACACCAGUGGAUCCAUGGGUUACCCCUGCGGUCAAGAACCUGAGUUUGUGCAAUGCCUAGGCCUCUGUUAGAACACGGUGCUUGCAUAGAGCUAGUCACCACAUUUGUGUGCACUCUGGUGGUUUUUAAUAUUUUUAUACAUCCUAAUCCUGAACAUUAUGAAGUAUUAUAAGUGGUCUAGACUGCAUGAUCUAGAGCAGCCAGCAUUUCUAUUUUCUUAGCAGCUGUUCCUAAAAUUUUCACAGCUACACCUUGUUUGGUUAAUAUUCUUUUAAAAUGAGUUUUCAAUUAAAUGUUUACACCGAGCGCCAGCGGACUAGGAAGGUGUUGCAUUAUAAAAUCUCCUGAGUACAAACUGAAAAGCCACAAUAUGGCUGUAUUGGAAUUUAAAUCAUCAUUGUCUGCAAUAAAGAGAACUCUAAAGCAUACUAAUAACUAGCUUGUACAUAGUUGGUGGAGAGAGGUUGCCUGCUCUUGACUGUUGCAAAGUAACAGAGAUUAGAAGCUUUCCAAAAGCCUCUACUUUUGGAUUGCUCGCAGGACUGCUAUGACAGGGUAGCAGGCAGAUGAGGAUGUCACUGAAAGUAGGUGUGGAGGAUGCCAAGUUCUGAUGGCAUUGCAGUAAUUUAAAUAUUCUCUGUAUCUGUGCGUGCAUGCGUGCGUGUGUGUGAAGUCUGUUCCAGGUGAAGGGAUUUGCCUUGGCAUCUUCCCUUUUGAAUGAGAGUGAACUCUGAUAUUCAGAUUGUUCAAGGCUUUUAUGGUUGGCAUGUAUGGAGUGUUAACAGAAAAGCGUAUAUACCCUACUUGUUAAAAAAAAAACAACAAAAAACACCAAAACUGUUCCAGCCUCUUUUCUGUUUGGUUGUUUUAUCAUUUGUUUUUAUGCACACUUGCUUCGUUGGUGUUGAGAUUUUAGCACCUCAGAUGGCCAACUGAACUAAAAGAAAAAAAAGAAAAAAAAAAAUAAAGUCAUUAAUUAUUUUUUCUUUUUGUUCGUGGAGUUACCGUUUGUUUCCCAUGCAUCCACUCCCACAGCUGAUGAGGAAGCCAGGAACUGGAGGAAGGUGAUUUUGAGGUAAAAGGCCGGGUGUUCCAGGG